CUCAAAGUAGGAAGGACCGCGUUGACCGAGGUCGCAGUUGUUCCGCGCCGCGCCGGCGCAAUGGAACCGUCGGCCGAAGAACCGCGCGAAUGGACGUUGAAGAUCCACGCAGCGGUCGACGGUGGCUUGAUUUGUGCCAUUGCGGCGCAACCCACAGACACCGUGUGCGCCCUACGGCAGAAGCUGGCCCGACGGCUGGGCUUGCAGCGCCGCUUCCGAUUGCUGGCCGGCUGCUGCGUGCUGGGCGGCCGCAUGACCCUGGAGGAGGCGAGCUUGUGCGAUGGAUGCACCCUGCAGCUGGUGUGGCUUCAACAUGGCCACUGCUUUGCGACCGCCUCCACCGACACCACGGCAGCGCUGUGGAGCGUGGAGACAGGUGAGCGAGUGCAGCUUUUCGAAGGACAUGAGGAUCAAGUGAUGUGGCUGUGCUUCUCAGCGGAUGGCCAACUACUGGCCACCUCCUCGACGGACCGCACGGCGAAGGUCUGGUGCGCGGACAGCGGGGAGUGCUUGACUACCCUGCGUGGCCACAAGGGCCCUGUCUUCGCAGUGGCUUUCUCCCCGAACGGCGCGUCGCUGGCGAGCUGCUCGCAUGACAAGCAGAUCAAGGUCUGGGAUCUCCAGGGCAACGAGCUGCUCACCCUCACAGGGCACAGCAAGCAGAUCUUCUCGGUCGCAUGGACCCCCGACGGUGAAACCUUAGCGUCCUCCUCCGAUGACGCGACCAUCAGGCUCUGGCACGUGGCCUCGCAAUCGUGCCACAAGGUCAUUUAUGGGCACACGGGUGCAGUCUACUCGGUGUCCAUCUCGAACGACUCCAGUAGACUGGUGAGCGCGAGCGAGGAUUGCACCGCAAAGAUCUGGUGCUUGGACUCCGAGGACGGUGCUCCGGAGCUGAGCUUCGUGCACGAGGAGUGGGUGAGACAUGCCCUCUUCUCACCAGAUGGCCUGAAGGUCAUCACGUCGGUGAGUGAUAACACGGCCAUGCUUUGGGAUGCGCUGAGCGGGACGCCACUGCUGAGCUUCCAAGGGCACAAUGACUGGAUCAGAAACGCCUCCUUCUCCUCCGAUGGGCUCUUCGUCGCAACAGCCUCAAAGGAUGCCUGCGCGAAGGUGUGGCGCCUGGAUGGUGAGUGCAUCAUGAGUGUCACGGCGCACAACCAGUGGGUGCGCUGCGUGGCCUUCGCGCCCUACUCUCGCUGAGAAGCAUCGUUUCAGCCAGGAGCUGUUCACCGAGGAGAGGGGUGGGGGAGAGACCCCUCGGUCUGACGUCAAGUCCAGUUCGACCCAUCGGUUCAGCGAAGGAAGGUUUUGUUCGGAGCCCCUUUUUGGACUUGGUGGAACACCUCAGUUCGAGCAUUUCCCAAAGGCUCCAUGUGCGGAAUAUUUGACCCCUGAAGUCAUGGCACCAGGAAAAAGAUGGUUGACCUGGUU